UAUACAUACUUUGCCAACGAUGUUAGUGUACGCGAAGAAGAACCAUCUAUAGACGUAUAUUACUGCAGUUACGGCGAUGGUCCAUUUACAUAUUUAUGCAGUUAGCGUACAGACGCCAACAGAUUGCUGUGAGUAUAGCGGCAUGUACGGAGAAAGUUUUACAUCGGUCGCAGUAGUUAAGAUUUUAAGGACAUUUAAAUACUUCACGGUCUUGUUUUGCUUGGAGAAGAAUGAGUUGGAGUUUGAGGUUAAAUGCGAUAAAAUGUUCGCAGUAAAUCCUGGUGCUAUUUAUUACAUACCGCGUUUGCUCAAUACAUUAUUAAGUGGCAGAUAAACCACGCAUCGCGUGCCGUGCGAUGUGCUGUUCGAAGUAAAGGGUUGUAAUUGUGAAAACGCAGCAAAUGGCCUACACAGUUCUUUGAAAAAGUACAGCCAAAAGUUAAAAAUAAUAGAUGUAUUCUCAUAGCGGUUAUAUCGUUCCCGAAGUUACCAAAUAAUUCGUUUUUAGCAGCAACACAGCAUGUUGUUUUUGUGCAGCUUGGGAAGUAGAAAGAGUAAUUCCCUUACGUAAAGUAGGUAGAAGCGGGCGUCACACCUGACUUAACUGAACUGUAUCGCAAAAUGGUUUGUCGUUGGCAGGCGAAGCAUAGUAAGGUGCCUAAGUGUCUUUUUAACUGACCGCAGGGCAAGAGAAAUGAAAAUUAUAGUGGCAGGCAUGCCUAAGACCGGGACCAAGUCCAUGGCGCACGCUCUGCGGCUACUGGGAUACAAUGUUUAGGACUUCAUGGAAAACUACGAGUUCUGCCACGACGAGUGGUUAAAAAUAGCAAGCGUAGGCGGUUCCACUGAAGACUUUCGGUCCAUGUACGAAACUGUGGACGCGGUAACAGAUCUACCGUCCGCGUUUUUAUGGGAGGAGAUUUUGAAAGCGUUUCCUGAUUCAAAGAUCAUACUAACAAUCCGAGACAAUGAGGAUGUUUGGUGGAACAGUGCCCUGAAACAGGCGAAGCAACUGGACAACCCUGUAUACUCAUUCACUAGAAUGUUUUCGCCAACUGCUAGAAGGAUUUUCUCCUACGGCGAGACAGUAGCAAUGCUUGGAUUUGGCGUCAAGAACGACGGCUCCAUUUUCUUUGGCCGCAGGAAUUUAAAUGAGUUAAUAUCGAAGAUGGCUUACAGGAGACAUAACGCUUAUGUUUUGCAGAAUGCACCAAAAGACAAGCUACUUAUAUUCAAUGUAAAAGAAGGCUGGGAACCUCUUUGUAAAUUCUUGGGACUCAAAAUCCCUCAAGGAAUAUUUCCAUGGAAAAACGCGAACAGUGGAGUAGUCGACAAAAUGAAACAAGAGGGACAAGGAACAGUGUUAAAAAUUGAACGUGAAAUUAAGAUUUCUCUAUCGUGCAUCGCCUUAGCAAUAUCUGUACUACUGUACGCGUUUUAUGUCUGGUAAAGCGACAGACAAUUUUCCCAGCACUUAACUUUUGUUAUUAGAGAUGUAUAAAAGGGUGGGAAAAGAUGGGACACCUUUAGCGUAUAAUAUCCAGCUAUCCGUCGCAUUUUAAACAAUUUACAACGGACUAUGGAAGUCGCGAGGAUAUGAUUUUAUAAUUCUUUGAAUUUUCUUUGUUUACUAUCAAAUAAGGCGAGAAAAUAGAAUCAAAAGGUGUCCCAUCUUUCCGUACCCUUAUAAAGCAAUUUUGAAAGCAAAAAUUUUAUAGCCCAUUAGAAAUGUACAGGUGAACAUACCCUAUAAUAUAUGUAUUAUACUAUACAGAAUAAAAUAGUAUUUCUACCGCCGAAAUCUAUAAAAAAGUAAGUACUUUGGUUCAGUAAGUUUCCUUACACUCCUAUAACUUUUCCUAUAUGCUACACUUUACUCGAAAUGUUGCUAAAAGCAUGACUUUAAUCAAAUAUAAAAAUACAAAAGCAACAAUUAAGAUAAUAAAAUACGCUAUUCUAAUA